AUGGCAGAGCACCACAGCUGCUCCCGGCGGCUUCCAGCAGCCGCCUCCGGGAAGACGCGGCAAAGAGCAGGCAGCGGCAGCUGCGGUGGCGGCCGCGGCAGCACCACAUCCCCCUCCCGUUCGCUUCCUCCCCCUCCCUGCACCCUCCCCCGCUGCCAUGGCAACGCGGCGCCAAGGAGAUUAGCCCCGCCCUUCCCUCCGGUCCCCGCCUCUCGCGACCACCUCCGGAGGGGGCUCGGCCCGCCUCCCGGUAUCUCCUCCCACCUCCUACCUAAGGGCGGGUCCCGGACCUCGCAGGCCGUGCUGAACUGCGGGUGGGAAGGAAGGGAGAUGCAGAGUCCGGAAGGGCGGGGUUCGCACGGAAGGCAGGGCGGAGACGUGGUGGGCCAGUGCCGGUUUCGGGCUGAGGAGGGGCUGGGAAGGCGGGAAAAAUGGAAAGGCCUCGCCUGUCCCGGCAGGACCUAUAGGAGUGUGGCGGAGCGCGGCGCGGCCGCUGAGUGGCCAAGAAGGCGCGGGGGCGGGGCUAGGGUGGCCUUCCCGGCUGGUCGGCUGGAGAAGCCUGUGCUGGGACUGCAGCGACGACCCGCAACAGCCCGAGCUUCUGUGGGUUUCCCCAAGAGCUUUCCGCCAUGGGUCGGGCUUUGAAAGCGCUGUAGGAAGCGGUAAAGCAUUAAUAUGAACUUAAAGUGAUAUCACACUCGCUUCACUGAAAUUUUAAGUGGAAACUGAGCUCAGCGUGUUUGUGGUGAAAAAAAGGACUUUGGAAUCAGAUCCAAAAUUUAAUAAGCAUCGCAUUUCCUGAGCCCUCAUUAAGUGCUAGGGACUGAGGAAAACAGAGGAAAGGAAAUUAAGAUUACUUGAGGAAGAACUAAGCACUUAAUAUGUGUCAUUACACUUAAUUCUCACAGAAGUCCUAUUUCACAGAGGGUAAAACGGAGCAUCAGUUAAGGUCCCAUGUGUCUUCUCAUUCUGGAAACCAGGCAGAAAAGACAGCCCUUUAUGAGAUAUGCCAUUCUUGGGGCAGAAGGAAAGAGCUAGACCCUGUUAACUUAAAUAACCUCCAUGGAUGUGGCAUACGCAAGUGCUCAAGCCAGA